AUGAGUGAGCUUCCUAAGGACUCCUUGAAGACCAUUCUGUUGGAGUUAGAAUGUCACUUUACCUGGAAUUUACUUAAGGAGGACAUUGAUCUGUUUGAUGUGGAAGAUACAAUUGGGCAACAGCUUGAAUUUCUUACGACAAAAUCCAGGCUCACUCUUUAUAACUUGUUGGCCUAUGUGAAACACCUGAAAGGCCAAAAUAAGGAUGCCCUAGAGUGCUUGGAGCAAGCAGAACAAAUAAUCCAGCGGGAACACUCAGACAAAGAAGAAGUACGAAGUCUGGUCACUUGGGGAAAUUAUGCCUGGGUGUAUUAUCACAUGGGCCAGCUUAAGGAAGCUCAGGAGUAUACAGACAAGGUAGGGAACGUCUGCAAGAAAAUGUCCAGUCCUUUUAACUACAAAUUGGAGUGUCCUGAGAUUGACUGUGAGAAAGGGUGGGCACUUCUGAAAUUUGGAGGGAAGUAUUACCAAAAGGCUAAAGCAGCUUUUGAGAAGGCUCUGGAAGUGGAACCAGACAAUCCGGAAUUUAACAUUGGUUAUGCCAUUACAGUGUAUCGGCUGGAUGAUUCUGACAGAGAAGGGUCUGUAAAAAGUUUCUCUCUGGGCCCUCUGAGGAAGGCUGUAACCCUGAACCCAGAUAACACCUACAUUAAGGUUUUCCUGGCACUGAAGCUUCAAGAUGUACAUGCAGAAGCUGAAGGGGAAAAGUAUAUUGAAGAAAUCCUGGACCAGAUAUCAUCCGAACCUUAUGUCCUUCGUUAUGCGGCCAAAUUCUACAGGAGAAAAAAUUCCUGGGACAAAGCUCUUGAACUUUUGAAAAAGGCUUUGGAGGUGACACCAACGUCUUCUUUCCUGCAUCACCAAAUGGGACUUUGUUACAGGGCACAGAUGAUCCAAAUCAAGAAAGCCACGCGCAACAGACCUAAAGGCAAAGAUAAACUGAAAGUUGACGGGCUGAUUACAUCUGCUAUAUUUCAUUUCAAGGCAGCUGUGGAACGAGACUCUAUGUUUGCAUUUGCCUACACAGACCUGGCCAACAUGUAUGCGGAGGGAGGCCAGUAUAGCAAUGCUGAAGACAUUUUCCAGAAAGCCCUUCGUCUGGAGAACAUAACUGAUGAUCACAAACAUCAGAUCCACUACCACUACGGCCGCUUUCAAGAAUUCCAUCGUAAAUCAGAAAAUACUGCCAUCCACCAUUACUUAGAAGCCUUAAAGGUCAAAGACAGGUCAUCCCUGCGUACCAAACUGACAAGUGCUCUGAAGAAAUUGGCCACCAAGAGACUUGGUCACAAUGCGUCAGAUGUGCAGAGUUUAAGUGCCCUAGGGUUUGUUUACAAGCUGGAGGGAGAAAAAAGGCAAGCUGCUGAGUAUUAUGAGAGGGCCCAAAAGAUAGAUCCAGAAAAUGUAGAAUUCCUUACUGCUCUCUGUGAGCUUCGACUUUCCACUUAACUACAUACUCUAGGAAAUCGAUUUUAAAGCUCUUCUCUUUAUUUGGGGUUCUUAUACUUUUAUUAUUUUAAUCCAUUUAUUACAGAGACAGUUUUUAUUGAGUCGUUAUUGUGUACCAGGCAUCAUGUGAAGUACUUUAUAUACAUUAUGAUGAAUCAUUUGUUUUCUACUUUUGAAAAUUAAAAUACUGUAAUUCACUAAGAAACAGCAAUGUUCCAGCUGUUUUAACUUAAAAAUGACAUGGCCAUUAUGACUUUAUACCCUUUAUGUCUGCUGUUUCUAAUGAUAUUCUGAUUAAGUUUUGUCAAAUUUCCCAUAAUACUCACUUAUGCAGUGAGUAUAAUCCUACAUAAAUCUUUGACACCAAGGUCAGGAACACGGUUUCAGGAGUGCAAAAUUUUAUAGAUAAGUUCCUAAUUAUGUAACUUACAAAAGGUAGAACCUUCCAGUUACAGAUGUCCUGACUUCAAUGAAGAUAGUUAACCAUCAACCUAAAGAAUCCUCUUUGUUAGAAGAAAAAAGUUCAUAAUAAAAAAUUUGUCAUCUCUGAUGACUCAAUAAAAAAAAAAUUAGAACAUGAGAAAAAAGUAUUAUGUCCUAAUAUGUUCAUUAAGUAGCUAGAAACAGUUAUGAGAAAAUAAUGGAUAAUGGGAAACCAUUAGUCUCAAGUUUCUCUGGUUCUUUAACUAGAAGAAUAUGCCUAAACUGAAUCUAGAUUAAUUUUAUUUUCUCCAAUUAGAAUUGCAGUAUAUUUAGGUUACAAUCAUUGAAAUAGAAAGCAGACCAAUUGAGAAAUUGGAAAUAAUAAGCAAAUGCCUAAAGUAGAAGUCCCUAACCUAUAUCCCUAGAUUACCAAAAUUUCAAUGAUUUAGUUUUGGGUCUGGGCUGGGCAGAAUUCUCUUACUCCCAAUUUCUGGCCUUUGGUUAAUUGUUUUAGAAUUUCAACUUACUUCUGUGAAGCUGUUUCUUUUAUCUGAAGUUUUCAGAUUGACAUGCUUUCCUGUAGAUCAUCCAGUAAUAGGUAACCCCGGCUUUUAGUUUUAAUAUUCACCUUGAAGGGUCACUGUUGAAGGGCUCUUAAGGGUUUUUAAAAAUAUCGUUAUUGUUGAAAGUAUUACUGAUGUCCCCCUUUUACCCCCAAUGACUUCCUCCUCCCCCCACUCCUGCCCCUCCCUAGGUUGGGAUAUUGCUAAAAGUGGCUUCUUUAAGGUUAUUUCUUUGAUUAUGUUUACUUCCAGUAUUAGUGGAAAAGUGUGCCAUGUGAUUUAAUUCUUUAUACCUCCAAUGUAACUCUUAAAACUAAUGUGUAUGUGUAUGUGAUUUACUUUUUGUUGCUAUUUUUAUUUUUAUGGUUUUGAUUAUUAUAAAUGUAGUGAAUUAUUGUAAAAUUUCAAACAAUGCAGAAGUAUAUGACUUUAAGAGCACUCCCCUUACCCUACUCCAAUCCUACACCCUCAAGAUAAACUGUUAGCAAUUUGAUAUGUAUCCUUCCAGAUAUGUUUUUCUAUGCACAUUCAAACAUACAUAUAUACCACAAUGUAUCUCAUGAUUAAAUUCUUUUUAAUGUUUGUUUUACUCAAA